CCGUUGAUCAUGCCUGAAGCAGCCAGCGUGAAAGCGCCCAAGAAGGGCUCCAAGAAAGCGGUAACAAAGACCGCCACCAAGACCGGCAAGAAGAGGAGAAAGUCCAGGAAAGAGAGCUACGCCAUCUACGUGUACAAAGUAAUGAAGCAGGUGCACCCCGACACCGGCAUCUCCUCCAAGGCCAUGGGCAUCAUGAACUGCUUUGUGAGCGACAUCUUUGAGCGCAUCGCCGGGGAGGCCUCCCGUCUGGCUCACUACAACAAGCGCUCCACCAUCACUUCCAGGGAGAUCCAGACCGCAGUCCGCCUGCUGCUCCCCGGAGAGCUGGCCAAGCACGCCGUGUCUGAGGGCACCAAGGCCGUGACCAAGUACACCAGCUCCAAGUAAACUCUGCUGCUGAUAUACCAACAACACAACGGCUCUUUU